CGAAAGGUAGUUGUAGAGUGGAGGAAAAGACAGUUGAGCAAUGAAAGAGGUGGUGGUAGCAAAGGAUGAGUAGCAACAGCAGUGGCCAUGGUUCUGACUCUUCAGAAGAAGUUAGAGAAUCGAGUUGAGUUGACGCAGUUGCAAUCUUUUGCGCAGCUUACACGAAGUCACAAUACCUACGAUUAUUAUGGCUGGAACACGUGACUCAAUUAAUGGCCGGUAUUUUAUGUAUACCGUUCUUUUUAAAUAGUAACGGUGAUCAUUAUCUUUUAAUCUUUAUAUUUUAUUCGAUUAUUUUUUUAUUGCAAAAAAGUGAGAUCAUUGGUUUGUCAUUACUGUGUAGUGUAUAUUAAGUAUCUUAAAAAGUUCAUACAGUGAUUGUGAAAAUAUCGAGGACCAAAUUAAUAGCAAAGGUGCAACAUCAGGAUGUCAGUGAGGAUGAAUCCACACAAGCAGAUAAACUUAAACUCAAUGGUGUUCGUCUUGGGAACUCUUGAGCUCGAUUUUCUUGAUGCCGCAAACCGUACCAACGGCUGUUGGCUUAUCAUCGGCAUUCGAGUACAGCACUUUCCAAUUUGAUUUAUCAUUACUGUCGGAUGAUUACACUAUCACGAAUACAACUAUGAUAUCAAAUCAUCUUCUGCAGGUUGGAUGUGGUAACCUUAAGCCAACUCAAAUAAAACAAGAAGCUUGUUCCUCUAGAUCUGUUUCACCAACUUAUACAUACUCCAGCCCACCAUAUCCUUGCUUAAGUGGUGAAAUAUCACCUAAUUAUGCACGUGACGCCUCUCCAGUUUACCCUGCAAGCCCCUAUUAUGUACCUCAAAGUCCACAAAGUGCUCAGCUCUAUCCUACAAGUCCUGAGCCAGCGAUCACUAUUACUAAGCAACCCGUCAUUAGAGAAAAAAGUUGGGAUCUUUUUACUAUACUUAAUGAAUCUAGAAUUCUCGCAGAAAGUUUAGGUUAUAAAGCAGAUUCUACAGAUUGUACAGUACCUUGUACACCUCCUAGAACAGAAGAAGAUAUUUACAAUGCACUCGAUGCCGAUUUCUUUCCUAUAAAAGAACAAUCCAAUCCUUUACUGAAAGAGAUUCUUUUUAAAGAAGAUAUUAAUUUCUCCCAAUAUUCAUCUUCUACUUCAUCUUUGGCUUCAAAUUGUUCUAACUCAUCAAUAGCUUCUUCAUCAGCUACUGUUUUAGAUUAUGAUAAAACCUCACUACGUGACCUCCUAUUCUAUAAUACGAAAUGUACUAUUAUACCAAACCGCCAAAAUAAUGAGAGUAGCAUACUGAUCAAAACAGGUAAAUCAAAAGAUUUUAAUACUUCAAAAGAUAUAAUUGAAGAAGAUCCUGAAUCAAAGGGUGACCAUCUACUACUCAGGGAAGUUCUUAGAGAUACGAGUUUUCAGCGCAGGUACAAUCUAAGACCUAUUGAUUUUGGUACAGUUGGAACUGGUUUUGUUGAAGAUAUGGCCGAAUCUGGUGAGUGCGUUGAAGAUCUAGCGUGCGAACAGAUAGAACCAGUAUUGAAUUUGGCUAUUCAACAAUUGCAAAAAGACUUCGAUAAUACCUGCGUGGCUCUUGGCAUACAUCCUGAACCCCAUCGAUGGAGUAUGUCAGAUGUCGCAGCUUGGGUACAGUGGGCUAAAAGACAAUUGCAGUUACCAUUAGUAUCAUUGGAUCGUUUUAAAGUAGAUGGUUUGACUUUAGCUACUUUUACAGAAGAAGAAUUUUGUCAAAGAGCUCCUGAGUGUGGCAGUAUGCUACAUGCUCAAUUGGAAAUCUGGAAAGCAGCUGUUGAGGAAUCACCAAGAAAUACAUUGGCAACAUCUGGGACUUCUAUGAGUGUUCUACAGUGUUCUGAUAAUAUCGGUAGUUCUCCAUCGAUUGCGAGUUGUAUCUCAGAUAAUAUGAAAGAUUCAUGUAAUAUGGAUUAUUCCGAUGAUGAAGAUGAAAUAAGCUCUAUAGAAACAAGUAUUAGGAACAGGGAAAACAAUAAAAUUCGUAGUAACGGCUCACACAUUCAUCUCUGGCAGUUUCUGAAAGAACUUCUUCAAUGUCCAAGUAUUCAUGGUUCAUGUAUACGAUGGCUUGAUCGAAAUAAAGGUAUAUUUAAAAUUGAAGACUCAGUACGUGUGGCCAGGCUCUGGGGUAAACGCAAAAAUCGACCGGCUAUGAACUAUGAUAAACUUAGUCGCAGUAUUCGUCAGUAUUAUAAAAAGGGAAUCAUGAAAAAAACUGAACGUAGCCAGAGGUUAGUUUAUCAGUUUUGCCAUCCAUACUGUUUAUAAAGCUAAUAAACAACAAUAAGAAUUUUAAG